UACUCUUUUUGCAAGACAGCUUCGGUCUUUGUUAUAAAAUAUUUGGCUGUAUGGGCUAUCUUUCUUUUAUCCAUUAAUUUGACAAAGAAGUGAGCAAAGUAAGUUGUCCCUAAAAUAAUCCACAUGGGCAAUAAUAUCUAAGGAGAUUGUUAAGAGAUUCUGUUAAUUUCUGUUCGAUUUGAGCUAAAACAAUCAUAUCCUUUUAAUAAAAAUAAAAUGUCAGACGGUCAAUUUAGUGAUUACGAAGAGGAUAUUUCUUUAAAGGUUAAGUGCGUAAGGUUUACAGAUGUACCUGAGAUCAAGAACAUAAGUAGUGAUGAUGAUGAUGAUGAUGAUGAGGAUGAUAAUAAUGAACUGGAUUCAGAUCAAUAUUUCCUUGACUCGGAUGACCCUACACAAGGUACAAAGAAAAAAGAUAACUUCAACAGCCAAGCUCCAACAACAAAACUCACUUCCUAUCAACCCACAGAAAAACUCUUUAAAAGAUACAUAAACAAAAUAAAUGUGGACAAAUAUGAACCCAUGUCAAAUAACACUGAGAAGUUUAUCGAUCAGAAUGAUAGAAAAAAAGAUAAUGAGCGAAUUAGGAUUAAAGACAAACAUGAUAGAGCCACAGCUGAACAGGUCAUGGACCCGAGAACUAAAAUGAUCCUAUUCAAACUACUAAAUAGAGGCAUUAUCAAUGAAAUUAAUGGUUGCAUAUCUACAGGCAAAGAAGCUAACGUGUAUCACGCUACCUCAAAAGACGGACGGGACUUUGCCAUUAAGAUAUUCAAAACAUCAAUAUUAGUGUUCAAAGAUCGAGACAAAUAUGUAUCGGGCGAAUAUCGAUUCCGAAAUGGCUAUUGUAGAUCCAAUCCACGUAAAAUGGUUCGCACUUGGGCUGAGAAGGAGAUGAGAAAUUUAGUCAGGCUGUACAAUGCACAACUUAAUGUGCCCGAGCCUAUAAUCUUAAGAAGUCAUGUUUUGGUUAUGACCUUCAUGGGUGAGGGAGGAUGGCCGUCGCCUAAAUUAAAAGAUGUGGAAAUAUCACAGUCAACAGCCAGGUCAUUAUAUAGAGACUGCAUAACAAUGAUGUGGAAAAUGUAUAAUAUAUGUAAAUUGGUACAUGCUGAUCUAUCUGAGUACAACUUGCUGUACCACAAAGGGAAUGCUGUUGUUAUUGAUGUAUCACAGUCUGUUGAACAUGAUCAUCCACAUGCCUUUGAGUUUUUAAGGAAGGAUUGUACGAACAUAUCAGAUUUCUUCAGGAAACGUGGUGUGGCAACAUUGACUGUUAAAGAGUUGUUUGAUUUCAUAACGGACUCAUCAAUAAAUGUGAAUAAUUUAGAAGAAUGCCUUGAGAAGCUAUCAGAUAAAGCGGCUUCACGAAGCUUUGAGGAUAUGACAGCACAAGAACAAGUUGAAGAAGAGGCAUUUAAAAAUAUUUACAUUCCUAAAAGACUUACUGAGGUGAUAAACUAUGAACGUGAUAUAAGUAAAGCAAAAAAGGGUGACACAGAGGACUUAACAUACAAGAAAAUAGCAGGAUUCAAAGAAGACCUAUCAGGAACUGCCAACAGACCGGAGAUUUUAGAAGAAGAUGAUGUUAGUGGAAGUAGUGACAGCUCUGAGGAUGAAGAUCGAGAUGAAGAAUCAGGUACAAAAUUCAAGAAUAGCGCGCGUCCUCGAGACGAGUCACCAAACAGUAAGAAAUCAAGAAAGAAAGCGAUAAAGGAAGAAAAGGCGGAAAGGAGGAAAUCUAAAACGAAGAAACACGUAAAAAAGCGCAGGGACAAAGGAUUCGGCAGAAAAUAAAGUUGUUUUUGGGCUAUAUUAUUGUUUUUCAUAAUAGACAACAAUGAACGGGUUGACACGAUUCCCAUUUUAAUAAAAUCACAAUCAACACGUUUUCAAAUUAUAAACUUGUAUAAAUACAGUAAACUGUGUUUUUGCGUUUUUAAAAUAUGAAAACGUUUGACUGUUGCCGAGGACAUCUGUAUCGCGAAUCCAUUUACUACCAAAUCGGAAUCGCGACCCGCUGAGAAGAUCGAGCGAGAAAUUCAGCGGUCUGAUGCAAUCUACUAGAUUUCACGUCGAACUCUUCGAGCUCGAAGAGUACGUCUGCCAGGGUCCCCGUGUCUGAGCCUAUCUUUAGAGCUACAACCGUCUAACAAAUGUGAAUCAGUAAGGACCUGACGAGAGCAAUAUACAAAGUAUCAUCAUCAUCAUCAUCAACCUAUAGCAGUUCAGUGAUGGACAUAUUGGACUCUCCAAUUGCAUGCCACUCAGAACCACCUUCGGCUUCUCUCAUUCAUCUGCUGCUAGCCACGCUGUAUAAAUCGUCACAGGCUGAGGGAGUCCUGCACUAGGUUUGCUAAUUCACGGUCUUCACUCAAAAUCUCGUUUACUCCAACGGUUAUCGGUCCUUCGGCUAAUUCGGUCAGCCCAUUGCCACUUCAGCUUACUGUGGUAUGCUGCUCAGCUGUAUUCUUGUUGUUUUUACCCAACUGCAGUGUGUGCCCAAGAUGAUAUUUUGAGUGGAGUUAUUUUUUUACUGGAUUGAAAUAUCAAUAAAGUAAUGGAAGACAGUUCUUUUAAUAAUCAGACAGAUAACCAUUUUUAACCCUCUCGAAUAUUGUCAUCAUUAUUUAUACCUUAUAAAAAUAAGCGGCGAAUCGGUUUUUCUUUUACCGUUGUUUUCUAGUCUAUUUUUUAAGUGAAAACUUCUUUAGAAUCGUUGUGAAAAAACGACAGGUAAGAGACACAAAUACAAAAAUGUGUAGGAUGAAGCCAGCAAAGAAUGAGACAGAAAUAUACAUACUAUUUAAUACAGCGCCAUCUGUGAGAUUUUUUAAUACUAACGUGUGUAUGAAAGCUCUUGUAGUGAAUUUUAAUUUAGGAUUAAACGUGAAAUUAAAAUAUCAAUUCACAGAGGGCGCUACCUUACAAUUAUUUACUAAUGACAAAAUUUUACAUAUACUUAAGACGUUUAGGAUAAUUGAGUCGACUAUUAUCAAAGGUGGCAAUCUGUGCAUUUGGACAAAAAAAUGUUAUUGAUAUGUCAAUACAGAUUGAUUUGAAUAUAAUCGUCUCCUUCAAAGAAUACGGUUCAAAACCUGCAUUAAAUAAAGGUUAAUACUUAACCUGUUAUUUAUCUAAGAUGUCGUUCAGAAGAGUUUUGUGACUGCCAAUGUCAAUAAUUCGUUUUUCUGAUUUACCAAUAAUUGUCCAAAAGUCACAUUGCCGGCUUUGAUAAUAGUCGACUCAAUUGUAUUUUAAUUUUGGAAGGUUUCACUUCUACCACGUGUGAAUUGCACACAUUUUGUUUUUUUAAAUGUUAUGAGCUUAUGAAUGUAAAUUUCAUUCAACUCAAUAAUAAGCAUAGCUCUCAUGGCUGAGCCCACGGAAUAGAUAAAUAAGGUUGGAAAGGCCUUUGCUCUAAUUUUGUAUUAGAACCAGUGUCGCCGCUUCAUCGCCACUAUUUUAAUUUCUACACAUACACACACUGUGAUUACAAGUAUUUCGCACACAACAAAAACACCCACACAUAAAUCUCAGGACAGAUAUUCGUUCGCAAACUAGCACAAAACACCCGUAGGCAUACACACUCACACACGCAAAAAGGCAAUAAAAAUGUUCAUACACGCUAGUGCUUGAUAAAAUCGAUAUUCUUUAUCGAUAAAUUAUCUGAUGAAUGAAUGGAGAAAAUGAAACAUGAAAUAAAUAUUGAAAAAAAAACUAUUUUACUUUUAUUAAUUACAAAUAGUCACUGUCGCUGGAAUAAAACGUAUUUGUUAAGCAGUUGGCGCUUGCUAUUAAUUGCGAAUGAAUUUUUCAGAACUAAGUGUAUUCUGAUUUUUUUUAUGGUAAAAUCAUUUUCAGUAAAAUGUUUAGAGCAAAUAGUACUCGUCUUUGUCUCCAGUUUCCUCUACCUGUCACGUCAAUCCAUUGUUCCCUGGCGUUAGGUUCUUUAGGAAACCUAAAAUUUUUUAUUUACUGCAUAAGUCAAAUGGCAUUUUACUUAGAUUUUAAUACGUCUUAGACAAUAUAGUAAAUACCCGUAAAUGAGAGGUCUACAUGUCCCUUUAUAUUAUACCUUCACUUUAAUUCAAUGAUAAUAAUUCAAUAAUAAUAAUACAUAUUUAUUUUACUCAAAAUACGUCUCACUAAGAAUAUACUAGGUAUCAUUAAUUAAAUAUAAAAUAAUGCAAAAAUUAUCCAUGUCAAAUGUAAAUAUAGUCGAGAAUUCUGUCGAUGAUUUUAUUUCACCACAUGGUCACCUCACUAUCGACAAACUAGCGCCGUGCACCACGGCCAAUCAGGGCAAAGGCCGAAAUUUCAAAGAUUGAAGUGUAGAGAACGCAAUGCAUGUAGUACAUUGGAAGCUGACUUGGUCAUUGCGUUCAUUGGGCGAGAACACAUCGCGCAAUGUAUGCUAUUUAUAACUUGCUGCAAUAAUAUUGUUAAUGUUUGGAAUUUCAUAAUGCUCAGUAUAUUUUUAUGUUUUAGACAAAUAAUAUUGUAAUUAAAUGGUAAUUUCGACUUACCGAUCGAAAGAUAUACCUCCUCGCUCUAUACUUGAGGUCUGAUUUUUUGUUUUACAAGUUAUAAUUGCACAACACGGCACUAUAAAGCGGAGAUCUGUUCGCCCAAGUAUUCCGAAGCGCACUAAACGCGAUGAAUGAAAGAAUCGGUCGAGUUAUGUUUGUUCGAUCAUAACUGUGGCACGCUUGCCCCGCCUACAUUACCAUUCCAACCUUAUUUAUUUAUUCCGUGGCUGAGCCAGUGCUUACCCACCUAUUCUGGUGAAGCUGUAGUGGCGUCUAUGUCACCAGCAAUCCCUCUAUCACAACAAAAAGAAGAAAGUAAGAGAUUAAACUGUCAAUAACUGCUUGAUGUCACCUGUCAACACUACAUUUAAUCAAUGUCUAAAAAUUGGUGACAAAAGUCAAAAAUGGAAUUGAAUAAUUCACCACACCACUACAUUUUGAAAUUUCAAGUUCAAAACGAGUUUUAUUACAAAAAGUGGAAUAUCUAAAUUACAUUCUAAACAUGAUUUUAAGGCAUUCAAGCAUUUAGGAGAUGGCUUCUCACAAUAUUGUCAAAGUUUUGCCUAAUGUAAUUGACGUCGAAUGGAAAUUAGAAGUAACAAGCUCGCCCAACGCAAGCUCGGAAAAUGUGUUGUAUACUGUUACAUUGAAGACUGAUGAUGGAGGCGACGUUAGGUUCACUUGUGGAACUCAAGAGCUGCAAGAUCUGGUAUACAAAUUAAAAGAUUUGGUCAGACAUUGUGAAAGAACGAAAUGUGAACUUUCUUGAGAAAAAGUGGGUGUACUAACAUUAUUAAUAUGUGCUUGUGCAAUAGUACAGCUUAUUUUUAAUAAAUUAUUUUGUAAGUA